UGUAAUUCAUUAACAAUACUGUCUAUAAAUAAUAACUUUAGCGAUGAUUAUGAUUAUCCACGCCGCAAAACCGCCCUGAGAAUCUGCCCUCCAUUCCCCGCCGCUCAGACUUCCACCUCAUCGACUGUUAUUUGCAGUGAUCGCCACCGCUAAUCCACAUCGAGAGAUAGAGAGAGGCGGCGAUCGGCCGUUAGAGAGGGAGAGCAAACUUCCACCACCACCCAACUAUAACUAAUCGUCCGGUGGCCUUCUCCUCCCGCUGUUCUAUUAUUAAACAAUGGCAGCGUCAUCUCUCCCAUCUGCAACCAUCAAGUCCCGUCCUUUAUAUAUUCUCCUAAGAACUCUCCAGCUUUUCUCAUCGAUCACCCUCUUUCCUUUCCUCGAUAACGAGUAGCAGAGCGACGAAGAAGCAGGGAUUCUCAAUGCUCGAAUCGUCUUCAGAGAAUGAGGAGGAGGAGGGAAUUGUUCCGAAGCAGCCGCAGCCGGAGCUGAAUUGGGGCGGCGUUGGGGGGGAGAAGAAGGUUUUGAGGAAGCAGAUUUCGAUGAGGGAUACGAUGAGGGAAUUGAAAUGGGAGAAGAAGAAGAAGCUGAUGCAUUUGCGGAGUCUCGGAGGGAAAAUCGAUGGGGUGAGGAGUUUGACGGAUGAGGACUUGGAUGAACUGAAGGGAUCAUUAGAGCUGGGUUUCGGCUUCAAUGAGGAGAACGGCGGGCGUGAACUAUGCAGGACUUUACCGGCGCUGGAACUGUAUUUUGCGGUUAAUCGUCAGUUUUCUGACCCGAACAUGCAGAUGUCGACGCCGAGCCCGGCGUCGACGCCGACGGCGACGGCGACUUCAUCGGCCACCUCGUCGGCGUCGACGCUAUACGGUACGCCGAGCCCUAGAAGUCCGUAUGGGCAACCGAAGCAGGAGCCGGGGGCCGAUGGUUGGAAGCUCAUUAACCCCGGGGAUAGCCCUGAAGACGUGAAGACAAAGCUCAGGCAUUGGGCUAAGGCGGUUGCUUGCUCGGUGAGAUACCGCUGCUAAUAGAGAACAAAAAAAAAGCACAAAAAUAAAAAUAAAAAUUGCAAGGCUCUAUUGAAAUCGUUACGAGAGAUCAGCAAAGAAUGAUGUGAGCUCUUCUUCUUUCGCUCCUUUAACGUAUUGUAAACUCAUAUGAAAAUUCUGCGAUUAUUUUGUAAUUUUUCAGCUUUUGUUGCCUUUACAUAAACAAUUUCAGUUUUCAUGGAUUGAAAGGUUCAGGUUCUACUAAA